CUCAGUGGAAAAUCCUAGACCGGUUGGCACAUUUCUGAUCCACUUCAACAUUAUCGACCUUGUAAAACUGACAUCGCCGGUGUUUAAAUGCGCCAAGGACUCAUUUUAGAUGGUAGCCCAGUUCUUUACAUAGGUACACGAUGCCGAGCUUUAUCAGAUUAUUAUAAAAAUUUACACAGGUACAGAGCUAGCAGGUUAGCUGGUUCAAAGCGCCAGGCUGCUGGCGUUAACAGGCACUGCCACUAAGACUUCAAGGAAGCCGCUUCACCAUUCCUCGUAUCUCGGAUCGGGAACAAAUCCAGCUGUUUUUCAAAAAAAAAAAAAAUUGUUUUUUGCGGGACGCGUUCUCCUCUUUUGGUGUUUUGGCGAGCAUGGAGCUGUUUCAAGCUAAAGAUCAUUAUAUUCUCCAGAGCGGAGAUAACGCGCUGUGGUGCAACAGGACAGAUGGAUCUAUGACCGUGAGACCUGCAACUGACCUGCUGUUGGCCUGGAACCCUGUCUGUUUGGGACUUGUGGAGGGUGUUAUUGGAAAAAUACAGCUUCAUGCUGAUCUUCCUUUGGGCCUGAUUCUGAUUUGCCAGAAAGCACUGGUGGGCCAGUUGCCAGGAGACCACAACGUGUACAAGAUCACCAAGAUAGCAGUCAUUCCACUCUCUGAGGAUGAACCACAAGAUCUGGAAUUAGAGCUUUGUAAAAAGCAUCAUUUUGGAAUCAACAAACCUGAGAAAAUCACCCAGUCACCGGAUGAGUCAAAGUUCCUGCUCAAGACGUUGAGUCAGAUCAAAUCUAAUGUUGCCGUGCCCAUCAAGAAAAAGUAUACCCCUGCCUUUCAGGUGAAAGAAAAUAAAGAGAAGGAGCGUCUGGAGAGGCGGCUGCUUGAUGAGCUCUAUAAGAUAUUCAUGGACUCUGAUUCAUUUUACUAUAGUCUGACCUAUGACCUUACCAAUACAGUCCAGCGACAAGGAGCAUUAGGCAACACAGAUUUGCCCCUCUGGAAAAAGGUGGAUGAUAGAUUCUUCUGGAACAAACACAUGAUCAAAGACCUUAUCGACUUGCAGGUGCCUCAGGUGGACUUUUGGGUGAUUCCUAUCAUCCAAGGCUUUGUGCAGGUGGAGGAGCUUGUGGUAAACUACAACGAGAGCUCUGAUGAAGAGAAGAGCAGCCCGGAUACGCCUCUGCAGGUACCCACCUGUGUUGAUGAUAUUCACCCACGUUUUACCGUGGCCCUCAUAUCCAGACGAAGCCGUCACCGUGCAGGAAUGCGCUACAAACGGAGGGGGGUGGACACAGAUGGACAUGUGGCCAACUAUGUGGAGACCGAGCAGCUAAUUCAUGUUCAUAGUCACACACUGUCCUUUGUACAGACACGAGGCUCCGUCCCUGUGUUUUGGAGCCAAGCUGGAUACCGCUACAACCCCAGACCUCGGAUAGAGAAAGGAGAGAGGGAAAUGAUGCCUUACUUUGCCUCUCACUUUGAGCAGCAAGUUGAGAUUUACAAAAAAUUGGUCAUCAUUAAUUUAGUGGACCUAAAUGGACGUGAGAAGAUUAUUGGAGAUACGUUCCUCAAACAAGUGCUGCUGUACAAUAAUCCCAAUCUAACAUAUGUUUCAUUUGACUUCCAUGAGCACUGUCGAGGGAUGAAGUUUGAGAAUGUGCAGACUCUCACUGAUGCCAUCUCUGACAUCAUCACAGACAUGAGAUGGGCCUGGGUGGACCAAGCAGGAGUCAUCUGCCAACAGGAGGGCAUCUUCCGUGUUAAUUGCAUGGAUUGCCUGGAUAGAACUAAUGUGGUGCAGGCUGCUAUCGCCCGUGUCGUCAUGGAGCAGCAGCUGAAAAAGCUUGGUGUAAUGCCACCCGAGCAGCCACUACCCCUCAAGUGUUACAGGAUCUAUCAGGUGAUGUGGGCCAACAAUGGAGACACCAUUAGCCGUCAGUAUGCUGGCACAGCUGCCCUAAAGGGUGAUUUCACACGAACAGGAGAGCGAAAAUUGGCUGGGGUGAUGAAGGAUGGUGUGAACUCAGCUAAUCGUUACUAUCUGAACCGCUUCAGAGAUGCCUACAGACAGGCCGUCAUUGACCUCAUGAUGGGACUUCCAGUUACGGAAGACCUGUACUCCAUCUUCAGCAAAGAGAAGGAGCAUGAGGAGAAGGAGAGCCAAAGAGGAGCUCAGGAGCAGGUCAACCUUCUGCUGCAGACAUACAUGCAGCUGCUGCUGCCUGAAGAUGAGAAGUUCCAUGGUGGGUGGGCCCUUAUCGACUGUGAUCCAAGUCUAAUAGAUGCCACGCACAAAGAUGUUGAUGUUCUUCUUCUGCUGUCCAACUGUGCAUAUUAUGUAGCCUACUAUGACGAGGAAGCAGACAAAGUAAACCAGUACCAGAGACUCCGUUUAGAAGGUCUUGAAAGGAUUGAAAUUGGUCCAGAACCUACUCUGUUUGGAAAGCCUAAGUACUGCUGUAUGCGACUGCACUAUAAGAAUGGGGAGAUAAGCGGUUACUUCCACACACUUAGAGCUGUCACGCGGAAUGCAGAGGAUGAUGGAAAAGACACACUCCAGUGCAUUGCUGAAAUGCUUCGAAUUACAAAGCAAGCUAUGGGGCUUGAUGUCCAGGUCGUUGAGAAGAAAUUAGAGAGGAGACACAGUAAACCACAUGAGGAUAUAAUGGGAAUACAAGGAAAAGCCGUGGACCAAGUCCUUGGGUCUGGUUUGGCUCAAGGCAAAAGCUUCCUUUUGAAUAAGUUCUCAACGCUAAACCAGAAAGUUAAGCAGACAAAGACCAACGUCUACAUCGGAAACUUCAAGCCUUUAGGGAGACUAGGGACCUUCUCAAAGCCUGAGGUGAAAGUGAACUUCCUAAAGCCCAACUUGCAUGUGAACCUCUGGAAAUCCGACAGCAGUUUAGAGACUUCUGAUAGUAAUACUGGUUUGGCAGCCCUGAAAGACCUUAAUGACAAACAUUCUGAAGAGAUCUCCUCUGAUUCGGAUUCCUACAACUCAGAUGUGCAUCCAUGCUCAGGAUCUCGGGAAAAUGUAGACUAUGUGCUUCCUAGCUGUGGAAUUGUAGCAUCUGCACCGCGACUUGGCAGUCGCUCACAAUCUGUUAACAGCACUGAGCUUGUAGUCCCCUCUGUCAUUCGAGUCACAGGCUGUGAUAACAAGACUGCGGACACCUUGUCAGUUGGCCAAGAUGACCAGUCUCCUGGUGCAGCCUCAGAGGCAGAAGAAGCCAUUCUGAUUGACUUUGGGACUCCUAUCGAUGCUUACUGCCACCAAUUCAUCCAGGAUGCCAGUACCAAACCAAUAGAGGUGUUUGAGGAAGUGGCAGUACCACACAAACAGCAAACACCUAAAGGGACCAAGGCCCCAUCAGCUCCAGAUGCAAGGCUAGAUUCUUCACAUUGUCAACCUCAGCUCCCUCGACCAUCUCAGCUUGAGGUGGACUCCUCUGUUCCUGGAGGGAAUCUCCUGACUGUCCAGCCUACAGGCUCUGCCACAUCAUGCGGGUCACAAAAGAGUCUGGAAGGCAACAUAGGACCCUCCCCAGCAGACAGCAAUGGAAGCCGUGUUGUGUCACCCUUUGCUAAGAUCAGGAGCUCCAUGGUCCAGGUUGCUAGUUUGACCCAGGCAGGACUUACCCAAGGAAUAAAUUUUGCUGUGGCAAAAGUUCAGAAAAGCCCAGAGCCAGAUGCUGUCAAUGAAACUCAAGAAAAUGAAUUGCGAGCAAUGUUUACACAAUGCCAGACUAGGAUCAUUCAGAUAUAGUGCUGUCAGCAGUUGUGUUUUUAGUGUUAGAUUGUGACUUCCAGUACUGUAACGGUAGUAUAAACUCAUUAACUAUUAACUUAAUUAAUAUUAACAUGCCACACUUCUAAUUUCGCUUUCAGUUAAUCAAACCAAAGUUUACAGCCAGUGUUGUAGUAUGUAGUAUAUCUAAGGCCAUGUCCACACCAAGACAUUUUUAGGUUGAAAACCCAUUGAUUUUGUUAAAUCUACUUCUCUUAUAUCCACAGAGACAGCAUUUCUUUAAAAGUUCUCUUGUACCACGUACUUCGGAAAACUAUGAUAUCAGGAAACAGAAAAUUUAGUUUUCAACGGAUGAUGUAUUUGUGUGGACAUGGCCUAAGUUUAACCUGACUAAUCCUAAACAUCUAUAGAUUGCUGGUUUGCAUGUUAAGAAAAGGAUAUCUCUGAGGUAGACUAAGGAAGGCAAGUUUAAUUACAUGUCAAAACCCAAGACCUAGAUAUCUCAUGU